CCCCUUACCAUUCGCGACCCAAGCGGAUCCUCUCUCCCUUAUCUCUCCCUCGCUCACGCCUCCUCCCCAUUUUUUCAUUUGCACGCCCACAGCCCCAUACCCUGUCACGAUGCGACUCCCAUAUCCUGCUCCUUCGCCCUACUCGAGCCGACCGAACUCCUUCCUUCCUUAUCCCCUGCUUACGCAUCCAACCCCAUCUCCUGCUCCUUCACCCCCCUCAAGCCGCAGCCCUAUGCGCCCCAUACGCGUUCUUUUAUCGCCUGACCCUCUGUCACUCUGUCACUUCAGGCUGGACUCACCCCCCAGGUGAGUCCAGAUAUAUUUCUCCUCCUUCCUUAGCUAUAAAAAACACCAUUUGAGGGGAGUUUAAGGGCUGGCCGAAAAUUCUGGAAAUGGAGUUGUGCAGAAAUCCCCAUUGGCUUGGUGUUUGCUCGCUCUUGGAGCUCCGUAGCUUGUUCCCUUUUCUUUCCUUUAGAGGAAUUAGGCCUCAAGUUUCUCAUAUGAGGCCUCUACAUCCAGCGAGAAUCCACUGGGCAUCAAAUCAUCGAGAUCAGGAAUUGAUGGGACAUAUACAGGGCCCCAAACUAAUAAGGGUGCAGGCGCUGGAGCCAGCUCUGGCUCGUCAUAGUCAACUUCAUCGAAGACGGGUCGUGCAGCUAAGGAAACUGAGAAGAGGAGGAGGAUGGCAACGACAAAGCUUGCAAACUUAGACAUGACUAGUUGAAGAUGUUCUAAGAUAAACUCAAGUGCUACUAUUUAUUAGCUUUGUGGUGUUGAGUUUGCUUGUUUUUUUGAUCUAGGAAGGCGAUUGCUUUAUAUAGUGGGACUGGAAGAACAUGAAAGAUUGUGUAAUUAAAUAUGGUUUAAGUUACAAUAAGUGUCCAAGUGCAUGGAGUCGAACAAUUACUCAGGCAAAAGAGUU